AUGUUGAAAUUCAAGAACAAAUUCAAGUUCGGCUCAUCGCAUGGAGGCGAUAAGCCCCAAGCUUCUGACGAUUACGAUAGUUCAAGGAACUCUACUGAGUCGGGGCGUACGAUAUCAAUGAAUCAUGUAUCAGAGGAUUUAAGUGGACUUUCUUUGAAAGAAAUGGAAGCUCAAAGCGCUGACGGAGCUAGUGGCCGCUCAAUCCAAUCAAAAGCAAAGAGUCCGGACACUGGCGAUUCGGCAGUUCCCACAUCAAUGGGUAUAGCGAAUUCCAAUAAAGCUGCCAGCUCACCUGCAUCCUCCUCAUCUCCUAGUAUAUCUUCAUCUUCCUCAGUGACAUCAAAUCCCGGGCUUUUGACAGUGAAAAUGUACGGAUCUUCCAAGGUUUUGUUACCCAUCAAAAUCAAUAAUAAUAAGCAGAUUUUGCACGCAUUAGCGAGCAAUUCGAAUAAUGAAAGUGUGUCAUUUCAAUUGAUGAAGGAUUUGAACAAUAUCGAAGAUACUGAAUUCUUGUCAGGUUCUAGCGCAGCUAAAUUACUUCCUUCAAUUAUUUCUAUUCCAAAUGGCGAGAACCUAGUCAAAUCCCUCUUGUAUUUGACAGUCGAAUUUGAUAAUAACGUUUUGGUUAUCGAACCACAGAGCGGAACAGUAGAGCACUCAACUUGGAACCAAGUUGUCUCAUUUGAUGUCACCAAGAAAUCUGCAAACAACUCAACAGAUUCGAUUUUUUUGAAUUUGAACUUAUUUAUACGUCUACCAAAUGUAUUGAUUCCAGAAUCCGAAAAAAGUGAACACAAGCAUUUAUUCACAAAUAACCAAGUCACUUCGGGUAACAACAUUGGCGAUUUGCUAAUUGGAACUAUAAAGCUUCCAUUGAAUCUCAGAUGUCAUAGCCUGCCCAUAAGAUUGAUGAACCAUCAGUAUUUAAAAUUUUCGAAGCAUGAUACGGUAGAAGAAUCAUCGAAAAAAGAUACUGGUGAUAUAAUGCUCACCAUAGAUUUCAAGCCAGUAUUCAAGACUCAUCUUUCCAUCGACGAUUUCAAUCUUUUGAAGGUUAUUGGCAAGGGCUCAUUUGGGAAGGUUAUGCAAGUCGUCAAGAAGGAUACAAAACAGAUAUAUGCUUUGAAGACGAUAAGAAAACAACACAUAGUCUCUAGAAUGGAAGUUACUCACACAUUAGCUGAAAGAACUGUUCUUGCAAGAAUAAACAACCCGUUCAUCGUCCCUUUAAAAUUCUCAUUCCAAAGUCCAGAAAAAUUGUAUUUGGUUUUGAGUUUUAUAAAUGGCGGAGAGCUUUUUUGGCAUUUGCAAAAGGAAGGUAAAUUUUCGAUGGACCGAUCAAGGUUUUAUAUAGCCGAAUUACUUACUGCAUUGGAAAGUCUACAUGAGUUGAACGUAAUCUACAGAGAUUUAAAACCCGAAAAUAUAUUGUUAGAUUACCAGGGCCAUAUUGCGUUGUGUGAUUUUGGCCUUUGCAAACUAAACAUGACAAAUGAGGAUAAAACGAAUACGUUCUGUGGUACCCCCGAGUACCUCGCUCCAGAACUAUUACUAAAUCAAGGCUACACAAGAAGUGUCGAUUGGUGGACGCUUGGAACUCUCUUAUAUGAGAUGGUUACGGGAUUGCCACCAUUUUAUGACGAAGACGUUCCAACUAUGUAUAGAAAGAUUCUUCAAAAUCCUUUGAAGUUCCCCCCUUUCUUAGACAAUACUGACGCUCAAGAUCUUUUAAUCAAGUUACUUCAAAAAGAUCCAAAGAAUAGAUUAAGUGACGCUGCACAAAUAAAAAAUCAUAAGUUUUUUAAAGAUAUAGACUGGAAUAAGCUCCUUAACAAGAGCUAUUUACCUCCAUUCAAGCCGAAUGUCGAGAGUCUUUUGGAUACCUCAAAUUUUGAUCAAGAUUUCACUAAUGAAAAACCUCAAGAUUCAGUUGCCGAUGACUUUUUAACUGAGAGCGUACAAAAACAAUUCGGUGGUUGGACCUAUAAUGGAGAUAAUGUCUUUAAUAAUUAG